AUGGGGACCAAGGAUUCUUCAACAGCCGUGACUCUGGACACGCUUCCGAGACAAUCCCAAGAUGUCGAGAUCGGCUCUGUUCGUGCCGUCUCCGCCAGUGAUGUGGACCCAAAGCAGGGAGAUCAGGGAGAUAACCCCACAGAUCAGACCAAUGAGGCCGAGCUUUACCUCGCAGAGCACAGUUCUGAAUGGGGCCAGUAUACGGCACGCGAAGCCAAGAGUGUUCUUCGACGCAUCGACUGGCGUAUCCCCCCGCUUAUCACCGUCACCAUGACUCUAGCUGGUGUAGACAAAAUUCUCAUCUCAAACGCAACCCUUUACGGAAUGACGGAGGACACUGGUCUUCAUGGACAACAGUACAAUUGGGUUGCAUCGAUUUUCUACUUUGGGUACAUGGCCGCCACAUUUCCUGCCAAUGCAAUGCUUCAAAGAGUGCCUGUAGGAAAGGCUCUGGGUGCUGCCACAAUCGGCUGUGGGAUUAUCGCCAUGUUAAUGGCGGCGACUACAAACUUCGCAGGACUCUUGGUACUUCGCCUAAUCAUGGGGUGUUUUGAAGCACCGAUAUUUCCAUGCAUAACAACUCUGGUUGGUAUGUGGUACACAAAAGCCGAGCAGCCAACUCGUACAGCCAUCUGUUUUGCUGUAUUCUCGACGCUGAUCACUGGCACCGUCUCAUACGGUAUCGGGCACGCAAACACAAGUGUUGCUCCCUGGCGACUACUAUUUCUCACCUUUGGACCUGCUACAAUUGUAUGGGGUGGGGUUUUACUCGUUUUCCUCCCAGAUUCUCCGCUGAAGGAUGGCUUCAUGAAAGGGAAGUCAAGAUUCAUCGCGAUUUCCAGAGUUAAGGGAAACUCGACUGGCAUAGAGAACAAGGAACUAAAAUGGGAGCAAGUGCGAGAAGCUUUCUCCGACUACAAAACUUAUGCGCUCUUUCUAUUCUACUUGUCCAGUAAUGUCCCCCUUGGUGGUCUCUCAACAUUUGCUGCCCAGAUCGUCUCAGGUCUGGGGUAUUCCUCCCUCGAGACAACUUUACUUGGAAUGCCUACAGGGAUGUUCCAGACCCUUGCCGGCCUUAUGGUUGCAGUUCCACAGCGUUGGCUCGUGAACAAACGUUGUCUUACCUCUGGACUGUGUUGUUUGGUACCGUUGGUCUGUUCUAUCAUCAUACGAAAAUUGCCGGAAUCGAACAUGACUGGGAAACUUGUGUCUUACUAUUUUUUCUUCUUCUUUUGGGGCCCUUAUGCGACAGUGCUAUCACUACCCAUGGCCAACGUUUCCGGACAUACAAAGAGGCUCACAGUGAAUGGUUGCAUCUUCGUGGCAUAUUGCAUGGCCAUGAUAAUUGGGCCCCAACUUUUCAUUGAGAAAGAGGCACCCGAAUAUGCAACAGGUUAUAAUUGUAUACUGGGAUUUGAAAUUUGUGCUGUUGUUUCCUUAGCUGUAUAUGCGUUUGGAUGCAUGAUUGAGAACAAACGUCGUGAUCAGCGGGAAGGAAAGGAUAUCCAGAUGUCAACAGCCCAUCAGUUGAGUGACCUCACAGAUUGGCAAAAGAAGGGGUUCAGAUAUAUAUAUUAG